AGGAGAAGAAGGAGAAGAAGAUGAAGAAGAAGAAGAAGAAGAAGAAGAAGAAGAAGAAGAAGAAGAAGAAGAAGAAGAAGAAGAAAAGAAAAUAAGAGGGAGUAGGAGAAAAAGGACAACGAGGAACGGCGACGGAGGUGGUAGAGGAGGAGGGGGAGGAAAAGGACGAGGAGGAGGAGGAGGAGGAGGUGGAGGAGAACAAGGUGAUGGAGGCGGAGGAUGGUUCCGACGUCGCGGACGAUGAGUCGGAGAUGGAGGAAUAGGAGGACGGCGCGAUGGAGGAGGAGGAGGAGGAAAAUGAGACGAUGGAGGGUCCGGAGAGGAGGAGGACGAGGAGCAACCGACGGAGGUGGAGUCGGAGGAGGACUUGGACGAAGAGGAGGACGACGACGAGGUGACGACGACGACGACGACGAAGAAGAAGAAGAAGAAGAAGAAGAAGAAGAAGAAGAAGAAGAAGAAGAAGAAGAAGAAGAAGAAGAAGAAGAAGAAGAAGAAGAACUUGAAGAGGAGGAAGAGGAGGAAAAAGAGACGAUGGAGAAGAAGACUAGGCGACAAAGAAUACGAAGAAGAAGAAGAAGAAGAAGAAGAAGAAGAAGAAGAAGAAGAAGAAGAAGAAGAAGAAGAAGAAGAGGAGUUGGAGGAGGAGGAGGAAGAGGACGAGGCGACGAAGAAGAAGAAGCAGAAGAAGAAGAAGACGAGGAGGACGAGGAGAAAAAGGAGACGAUGGAGGGAGAGGAGGAGGACGAGGAGCAGACGACGGAGAUGGGGUUGGAGGAGAAGGAGGAGGACGAGACGGCGAAGAAGAAGAAGAAGAAGAAGAAGAAGAAGAAGAGAAACAAGAAGAAGAAGAGGAAAAAGAGAUGAUGGAGAAGAAGGCAAGGCAACG